AUGACCACCCUUGAUAUUGAUGAAAGAAUAGGCGAUGUACCUGAGCUGCCCAAUGGCGCCAUGGCAGCGGAAGCAAGUUUGGGUUCCUCUGCUCCCUUAGAAACUGUUGCUGCUGCUGCUGCUACUGCUCCUGACGAUAAAGUACCAGGGAGUGACCUGUCUUCCAAUGAUGAUUGGGAUUACCUAGAGACAGAUACAACACCACAAAGACCACUGAUGGAUCGGAGUUACUCCAGUGGGUCGGUGAGCAGCUCUAUCUCCCCGGAGAAUUUAUCGUUCAUGGACUUGUUGGAUCCAGGAUUAACCGUGAUGGUUUCCAAGAAAGCAUUUACUCAAGUAAAGACCCGGACUGAGAAGAUUCGUAAUCGGGCAAAACUUCAAAGGGAUAAGCUCAUUGGGAAAAUGACCGAUGAAGAUUUUAUUGCCAUGAAGAAAAGGAUGGUGUACAAAAUUAACAAGUUAGAUGCCAAUUUGAUGAAAGCGGUCGAAGCCAGUCGAACGGAAAAAUGGUUUUAUUCCUUUGCAUUAUUUCAGAUAUUUUAUGCUGGAAUAUUAAUUGGCAAGUACCCCCAUUAUUUCCAUUGGUAUUAUUCGGUAUUAUUCGCCUUGUUGAUGCCAAUUCGAUUGUACACCUAUUACAAGAAGGAGUUCCAAUACUUUUUAGCCGAUUUUUGCUAUUAUGCAAAUGUUUUGACCAUGUGCUACAUCUGGCUAUUUCCUGACUCUCAACAUUUGUACGUUGUGUGCUUUAGUUUUACUUACGGCACGUUGGCGUUUGCGGUGAUUACUUGGAGAAACUCUUUAGUAUUGCACUCAAUUGAGAAAAUCACCUCAUCAUUCAUCCACAUCAUUCCUCCAGUGACGUUAUUUGUCAUUACUCAUGAAAUCGACCCGGAAUUCAAAGCUUCCAGGUUCCCAGGUGCCGCAAAAGUGACGUCGUGGCAUACCAUCAAUGGAAUCAUAUGGUCUUCGUUUUAUUAUUUGAUCUGGCAAUCUUUAUAUCAUUACUUCAUCACUUACAAACAAAAGGACGAGAUCAAAAAAGGCCGUGUCAAUUCAUUCAGUUGGUUGCGUCGUUCAUACGCCAACAAGCCAAUUGGGAAAUUCGUCAAUAGUUUGCCUGAGCCAUUACCGGUGGUGGCCUUCACUUUGAUUCAGUACGGAUACCAAUUGGGAACCAUGUUGUUAUGUCCUAUUUGGAUCAAGUACAAGAAAUUGGCUGGACUUUUCAUGUCAUUGAUCUUUGUUGUCGCAGCGUAUAAUGGUGCCACUUACUAUAUCGAUAUCUUUGGCCGUAAAUUGGAAAAAGAAGUGGUGAAAUUGCGUAAUGAAAUCUCGCAAUUGCAAGCGGAAAACUUACUACACACCAGCCUGAGUAACACUUCUUCCAAUGAGGUGAAUGAACCUGAAGCUGGGGUUUCUAAUUCAAUUGGUGCCACUGGUACUACUUAUGAAAAUAAAAAGAGCCAGUGA